AUGGCCAUCCGCUUGGCGCUGGAUAUGGGACUGAAUCUAGAUUCUGCGACGCUGGAAAGGACCCAUCAAUUUCCCGAGGUCGAGAUCAAGCUCCGCAAACAAAUAUACUGGUCACUUUACUGUACCGAUAAGCUCUGGGCAAGCUACACCGUGCGGGUCUGCACCAUGUUGGACUCCCAAUCUUCGGUGGAAUUGCCCCUGUCAGGGAUUGCGUUUGACGAUUCCAAGCCUACGCAGAUGCUUCCAAUGCUUCUCCACUCCCUGUCCGCCCACUGUCGGAUCCUUGGAAAGAUACUUAUGAAACUUUACGCUCCGGGCAAAUUACCGCCUGCUGUUCAGAGAACCACAUUCUUUGGCUCAUGUCUGUCUGAGCUCAAAAGCUGGAAAUACCACCUGCCCGUGGCGUUGUUCGAGGCGAGGACUCCGGCGCGGAAGUUUGUCUGA